AUUUCUUUUAAAAUCUUCUAGGCUAACAUAAAAAUGGAAGCACAACAUUUAGGUGGACAAAACCAAGAUGAUCUUUUGCAGAAAAUGGAGAAACUGGAUAAAGAAAUUUUAGUAGUAGAACACACAAAAAGUGAUUUACAAAGCAGAAUGAAAGAACUUCUUUCUUCAAUCGAAACAUGGAAAAAGAUAGAAAAGGAACAAGAACAAAAACAGCAUGAGGAAACGAUAAAAAAGGAAGAAAUCAAAAAUGAAGACCCAGAAGUUGAGUACAGGAGACGUCUGAUUGAAAGGUUUUCAUACAAAAAUACGGAAAAUAUAAGACGCAUCUAUAAAGAAAAUAGAGAACGUGCAGAAGCGUCUCAUCACAGCUUGUAUCAUCUAAAUUACAAGGGAGAAAAUUUACAACUGCCCUUGUAUAAUCAGCCAUCGGAUCUGGUUUCAUAUCAUGAGAACAUUGAAAAAUUUAAAGCCUUUAAACCAAAACUGGUGAAAUUUCUUCAGAUGAAAAGACUAGCUGAAAUAAAAAUGGAAAAACAUUUGAAAGAGGAAUACCAAACAAGAGAAGAAGCUUGGUUAAAAAGAAUUGAAAAAAUUGAAAACAACCCAAGACGAAAACAAAGACAACAACGUUCUCGACAGUUUUAUGAAAGAGAAUUUCCCGAAAUUAAAAAACAAAGGGAGCAUCAAGAACGUAUGGACAGGAUUGGAUCAAGAAGUGUUGGUUUUAUACGUAGCGAAGCUGAAGUGGACGAAAUAGCGGAUAACCUUCGAGAGUUAGAUGCGAGUGAAAAACAAAUGCAGCUGUUAGCUGUGAGGCCGCCAUAUUUACUGAGUAAAUAUGAACGAACUAUAAAGUAUAUCAAUAAUAAUGGCCUCAUCAGAAAUUUGGAUCAGUUCGAAAAAAUAAGAAAAGCAGGUAUUAUAUGGAGUGAGGAAGAGAAGCAAAUAUUUCGUGAGAAGUUUGCACAGUUUCCGAAAGACUUUGAAAAGAUUGCAUCUUUCUUAAAGAUGAAAAAUUGUUCGGACUGUGUACUUUUCUACUACCAAAACAAAAAGAAAGAAUACUUUAAGUCCUCCAAGUUAAAGAAGAAGAAAGGAAAAACAAGCACUCGAACUGGAGGGAUAUCCAUGAAUCAAAGUAAGAAGCAGAAUAAGCAACCACAGGGGAAGGAAAGUGUCGAAGUUGAGGUGGAAGAUGAAGACGAUGAUGAAGAUGAUGAUGGUGCUAGCGACGAGGAAAAUCAGCCGGCUUUAAUGGACACUACAACAUCCGUGGAGACGAAAGUGACAAAAUCAGAUGCUGAUGUCAGACCGACUCAAAAUAAACAGUGUAGUUCCAACCCAGCUCCGCCAUCUGUUACCAUGGAAACUGAGAAAAUUAUCAAGACUACAAAAGCCGUUCCGCUGCCUCCUGUAAAAGUUUUUAAUACGCGCUCAGGAAAAUUUAGUUCUAAAACAGUCACAGCACCAAUCACUAAAACUGAACCUGACGUCAGCACUAAUGAAACUUUGGCAGUCUCCUCCGCAGAGAGUCCACAUCCACCAUUAAAAAUAACAAUUGUAGUGACAUCACCGUCUAACAUCGGGACAAGCAGCGCAACCAUGUCAGUUGGAAGCAUUGUAUCAGAGACAGUUACUGCGGCGGCUGCUGCUGCUGCCAAUGUUGCAUCCGAACAAACCACUACUAUCGUACCAAGUGAACCGACUAUAGCAGUUAAAGUGGAAGAACUGAUUAAACAGCACUUAACAAAAAUGCCAGAGCAUAGCGAUCCCUCGAGAUGGUCAGAAAGUGAAAUGAUGAAUGCUGUGGAAGGCCUAAAACGUUACGGACGACAUUGGCAAUCGAUAUCCAAACUUGUUGAAACAAAAUCUGAAGCACAGUGCAAAAAUUUUUAUUUUAACUACAAGAAAAAGUUCAACUUGGAGAGUAUACUUGGUAUAGCAAGGACGAAAGAGAAAGAUGAAACUGUUGAACAGGAGGAGGAUUUGAUCAGUUAUUUGGAAGAACUUGAUAGAAUGGAAGAGUUAGAGAAGAAACAACAACAAGACGCGCUUGAGAAACAACAAAAACUGGAAGUGAAAUCAGCUAAAACAGGUCGGCAUCGACAUUCAUCAAAAAAAAUCAUGCAAGAAUCUAGCAAGGUCAUCAUUCAGACCAUCGAUACUGAGAUAAAUCAGCCACCAUCUACCACGCAAAUCAAUAUCAGCACUCAAUCUUUUUCUGUCGCAGGUUGUUCCAGUACCACGCAAACGUCUAACACAAACCAAACAGAUAGCAAGACAACUGAUGGUCACGUGUUUAGUGCAACUUCUUCAGAAGUCGUCCCAUUUGUUACCUCUCGAGAAGGGACGUUACGCCCACCGCCUCCACUGGUUGCAUGCAGCUUACCUGCGGACACAAGUGUUCCACCAAUCAAAGAGAUCAGUCUACGACAGGAUGUCGGUUUGUUCCAGAAGAAACUCCAGUUUUCAUUGGACAAAGAAAAAGUAUUGAAUGUUUCUCCUCCACUUAGUAACGCAGAAAGUUCUUCUGUUAUUUCCGUAUCGGGUGAAACGUUACCUCAGUCCGUGACAACUUCGAUACAUGAUUUAUCAAUGCAUGCUCGACAAUAUGUUGCAUUUUCUGGACAUGCCGAGUAUCCGUUAACGUCUCAGCAUAUCAAUGUUUCUCAGGCUUCUCUUCCCAGCCAGCCGUUUUCUCAGGCGCCUCACCCCAGUCAGCCGUUUCCCGUAGCCACGCCCAACCGACUUGCGAUGGAGCAGACUAUCAAAUCUUUUAACACACUUUCUGGAUGCAUGUCUUCACUUCCUCCUCAAGUCAAUUCUCAGCCUGACUUACCGUCACAAAGAUUUCGUUUUCAAAUGUCACCCGAUAACAUACAGGCUCGCAUGCCCGUACCUAGAAAUAUCCCGCAGCCUUUACCACACAUAAAGCAUACAUCAGUACCCUCUUCGAUAAAUAUCCCACAAAGUCGCUCGCCAGGUUUUUCACAAAGUAUGCAAUCAAGCCUGACUUCUCCGACGGGCCAAGAGUUAUUUAUUUCUCGUCUUAACCCCCAUCAACUGGAGGAAAUAAAAAAGAGGCAAGAAUUGGAAUACUUUCACCGACAAAAGCAGUUGGAGAAGGAGCACGACACACCUAGCCUGCUUCGACAAGAAAUUGAAGCCGAGCGAGAUGCGCAAUUAUUAUUUCGAAAGAAAGAACGAGAAUUUCAAAUUCUGGAAGCGCAGUUCCGUCAACAAGAAGAACGAAAGUACAUGCAUUUAAAGAAACUGGAGUUUGAUAGACGGCAAGAAGAAGUGAAACAUAUGCAAAAUCUAAUGGAGAUUGACAAACAAAAAGAAAUAGAAAUCCAACGAAGACUUUUUGCUGAAAAAAUGCACGAGCAUGGCCCCAUGUCUCAAGAUAUGGUACUUAGACUCAUGAAUAGAUACUUUCCUGCCGCUGCAUCGAUAAAUCAACGCAACGAAGAGCUUCGCCAUUUUGGUUCUCAAGAAGAUCUUAGGAAACUUCAGGAGUUUGGAUCGCAGGAAGAUCUUCGUAAUAUUCGUGGAUUUGGCUCACAAGAGAAUCUGCACAAACUCUUCCAUGAAAAGCCACUGCGUGAGCAAUAUUUACGCCAGCUCCCUCAUCAGCCGAAAACACGCGCCGAGAUGCAGAAAAGAGCAGUGUCUAUCCCAGACUUACGCGCCAACCUCGGUGUAACGUCGGAUAAGUACAUACCUGAAAUAAUUGGUCAUCAAAGAAUUCGCACUACAUCUGGCCCUAGCCACAAAUCAGUCAUACCAGACGAUAAACAUGCGGAGUAUAUGCCGAGACCUGAAGUAAACCAACCCUACCAUCCUGUUCACGGUCUUGGUUUCGACCAGUUACCUAAAAUCUCAUUGCCUGAUGUUCCUCUCGAGCCUUUGUCUCGACCAGGUAGCGCUGGUAGUGAGGUUAGUGAUGCUGCUGGUAUAGACAGGAAUCUGUAUGGUAUAUCAACUGGAUUGGCAAGAAAGCCUCCACCGUUAACUUCUAUUACUGGUGGUGGCAUUUCUGUGGCUUCUCCUGGUCCUAGACUUAGUAAUAUGCGUCAAGUCACGACUGCUUUCAAAACUAACCUUGACACAGAACCACCAAGACGAAAAACUAUAGUCCGUCCAUGGGAAAUUGACACAGAAGUGUCCAAAACGAAGACUCCACCACCACCCCUACAUGGUCCAGUUCACUCGGGUCUUGUUAGGUCGAGUCCAAACCAAAGCAAUCCGCAGCCAGUUAUUCAGCUCGCCGCAACUUCGAACCAGUUUAAAGAACAAAUAAUCAACAUGGCGCAAAAAAAUAGUCCUGCUCCUCAAAUGUUCCCCAAAUUUAACUUCUCUGAGGUGCCUUCAGACACUCGAAAGGUAAGCACGUCCUCCACAACCCAAAGAAGAAACCCGUCGUCUAGCGAAUUGUCUUUAUCACCAACAUAUCCUAUGCCUGUGAGAUCAAACCGAACAGAUGCACACAUUAUGGUAAAUUCACCUUUUCCAGAGCAAAAUUAUUCCACUAGGCCAAGAAGCGAUUCAGAAGAGACAAUAUCUGCAGAUGAGUCCGAAUCCAGAGAACCAACAGCUAUACCACCAUCGUCAAUGAUAUCCCAAGUAACCGCCCUUUCAUCUGUCCCUAAAUCUUCACUACUCAUGCAGAGAUUAAAAUCCAAUCAGAAACAUCACAAGGAGAAUGUAUCUUACAAAACAGAAUAUAAGAAAACUAGCGACGCACCUAAGCAAGCAUUUGAAGGUCAUAGUAUGGUUCCCCAACAAGUACAGGUGUCUGAUAAUCUUGAGAGUGUUAAAGAAGAUAGUGGCGAUGUAAGAGACUUAUGUAAAAUGAACUACUGUGAAAUGUCCGAAAACAAACAUCAAAGCACGAUAGAGAACAACCCUGCUAACAUAAUGCCAUUGAUAACAACUACCUUGGAAUAUAAAAAUACUCAAAACGACUCAGUUGUUAUCGCUGUUUCAUCAUCUGGUCAUACCAGUGUUGUUUCACAUACAAUGUGCGAUGAAAAAACUACAACCAAGGAGACAGUCGUUCCUCGUAUGGAAACAAACGAACCGAUAGUUGCAACAGUUGAUAUCGUUGUCCCUCGUGCCUAUGACAUGAAAGAAGGUAACCUUUCAAGUACAACUGAAGUAAUUACAAAUCCAAUACCUGUUGAAAACCAGAUAACAGAUUUUGGCACUUUGUCCCCUGCCAAACUGAUCUUACCAUCCUCGACCUCGACCUUCAGUAAUCAGUCCAAGUCGGAGAGCGAAGAAACUUCCAGUGGGGCACCCAAGGAGUUUGAAGUGAAGGGCGAUAUCUCAAAAAUGGAGACGAAUGAAAAGGUGAUGAGUAAAAACAAAAUAAUGCCACCUGAUGCUUCUUUAAGUCAGUCAGUAGUAAAAAAUUCUGCUCCAAAGCCUAAAAGAAAAGAGCGACUCGAUUCACCAGACAUAUACGACGAUUUGAAAGUUCAUAAUUACGAUGAUCACUCUCAGGACUCGUUUGAUCUUUACAGUGAUAUGAAACCAAAGUCAAACGAACUGCAGACAUUAACUGCGACAAGGAACUCUCCAACAAGCGACGUUGAUUUGUUUUACACCACGGAGGAGAGAGUUGCUGAUGACGACAAACAACCUGAAGUGUUAGAUGGUACCGCUGAAAGUAGCGAAAAUACAGAAAUAUCGAACCUAGUCGCGUCGAAGGAUGAUCACGAGGAUGGAGGUCGGAGCGAUGCAAGUACUCCGGUUAUGGAUGAGCCUACCAACGUGGCUUCUGUUUUUAUACCAAUUAAACCUGACACGACUUCGACGUUAGCACCUGAGCAGAACAUACUGGAAAAUACGGAAUGCUCAUCAGCUGGUUCGACACCUGAAGCGAAAACACCAUUGCUUGAUGAACCAGAAUACUCAUUUGAGCCUGUACAAACUGGAAACCUUGAGCUUAAUAUUGAUUAUAUGCAGUUUAAAAAUCAAUCUGUUCUUGUACCCUGCGAAAGUAAGCAAACAGAAAAUCAAGGUAAACCCAUUUCACAACCGCAACAGGAAGCAUUUGAAUCCAUCACACCACCUAGUUCACCGGAGUCAGGGUCUACAGGUGCAAGUUCUUCAGUACAAGUUAUGACUUCUACCAGUCAAUCAAGUUCGGCCAUUGCCUUUCCCUUUUCGGCUCUGGCAUUCAGUGUUGGUUCAAGGCCGAGCUCGAGAGCUGGAAGUGGAGGACACUCGCCAGAUGAUCGAGGAAGAUUAGAACAAAAUUCGGGAGGAAAGAGUAAAAGUAAAAGAAGCCGCGAUGAUGAGAAUAAAGAUGUAGAAAUUCCAUCUGAUGCUCAUUUUCAACCUGUUGAUAUUAAAAGGGCUUUGAAGCGUAAUUAUCGUAGAUCAGGCUCACAAAGCUCCUCGAGCUCGUUUUCAAAAUCCCCUGAGUACGAAUACAAAGGAAAGAAACUAACGAGCUCACGAUCAACUGGACGGUCAUCCAGUGAAAGACAUACAGAAGAUGUUUGUCGGAAACAAAAACGUUCUUUAUCUCCGGCUGACUUCGACGCUGGACACGGAAAAAAACAGCGGACUUUGUGAAGCCUUUUAGUAUAUUUUGAAUAAAUAUAAUACAAGAAAAUGUUCUGUUUAA